GCCCCUCCUUUGGUUUUCCGGAACACAGUUCACGGCAGGAUAGUGUGUGACAUGAAAGUACAUCCCAAGAAAAGAGUUGUGUGUAAACAAUAACAUAAUGAGUUCAUGCUCCCCGUAGGAAAGACGGGAGACAGUCAAAAACGACCGGAUAUUCAGCAGGGAAAAAAAGACUCAGAAACUCGGGAACAGAUGCUGCGAGAGCUGCUGGGAAGAAAAAAAAAAACUUGAUGACAUGCGCUAAAAAAAUGGCUUGUCUUAUGGCAGCCUUUUCAGUGAAUAAUACCGCGGUCACGAACUCCAUCAUCAUGAAUGCCAACGGGCCCCCAGAUCUCAUGCUUGACCCCCGGAGUGUGUGUGUCUCCGUCGAUGAAGUGGUAUCUAACAACGUUAGCAGCCAACACACGCCGCUGCUGCACAGGCAUUUAAAGAAAAUCGAGAACAGCCUGAGUGAGGCGCAGCGCUUCUCCCUCCUGCCGCGACGGCCUGCUGUCAAUAUCCAGUUCAAAGACCUCUCAUAUUCUGUCCCCGAAGGCUCAUGGUGGAGAACAGCAGGUUACAAGACCCUGCUGAAAGGGAUCUCCGGGAACUUCAGUAGCGGAUGCCUCGUGGCUAUCAUGGGUCCCUCCGGAGCUGGGAAGUCCACGCUUAUGAACAUUCUGGCUGGGUACAGAGAAACAGGUAUGGAAGGGGAGAUUCUGAUCAACGGACAGCCCCGAGACCUCCGUUCCUUCCGGAAGGUGUCGUGUUACAUCAUGCAGGAUGACAUGCUCCUUCCCCAUUUGACCGUACUGGAGGCGAUGAUGGUGUCAGCUAAUCUGAAACUCCAGGAAAAGAAUGAGAGCCGGAGAGAGAUGGUGAGCGAAAUCCUGACUGCAUUGGGACUUUUGGAAUGUGCCAAGACGCGUACGGCAAACCUUUCUGGGGGCCAGAGGAAGCGCCUGGCCAUUGCGUUGGAGUUAGUAAACAACCCACCCGUCAUGUUCUUCGACGAGCCAACCAGUGGGCUGGACAGCUCCUCCUGCUUUCAGGUUCUCUCUCUGCUGAAGGCUCUGGCCCAAGGUGGACGAACCAUCAUCUGCACCAUUCACCAGCCCAGCGCUAAGCUCUUCGAACUCUUUGACAAGCUCUACGUCCUGAGUCAGGGUCAGUGCAUUUACAGAGGAUACGUGUCCAAUCUCGUCCCAUAUCUAAGAGAGCUGGGCCUGAACUGUCCCACGUACCACAACCCUGCAGACUUUGUGAUGGAGGUGGCUUCCGGGGAGUAUGGGGACCAGACGGCCAGGUUGGUCAGGGCUGUGCAGGAAAGGAGUGAGAAGGACUAUAGCACAGAUGUACACAGGGAUGGGCCCCUCAAUCCAUUUUUCUGGCACCGAACAACGGAUGAGGACUGGUCCUCCACUGAGGGCUGCCAUAGUUUCUCUGCCAGCUGCCUGACUCAGUUCUGCAUCCUGUUUAAGAGAACGUUCAUCAGCAUUAUGAGGGAUGCGGUCCUCACUCACCUGCGCAUCAUCUCCCAUAUCGGGAUUGGAAUCCUGAUUGGUCUCCUCUACUUGGGCAUCGGCAACGAGGCCAAGAAAGUCCUCAGCAACUCCGGCUUCCUGUUCUUCUCGAUGCUUUUCCUCAUGUUUGCGGCGCUCAUGCCCACUGUGCUGACAUUUCCCCUUGAGAUGACGGUAUUCCUGAGGGAGCACCUGAAUUACUGGUACAGCCUGAAGGCGUACUACCUGGCAAAGACCAUGGCUGAUGUUCCCUUUCAGGUGGUGUUCCCUGUGGUGUACUGCAGCAUUGUGUACUGGAUGACCUCCCAACCCUCGGACGCCGUGCGUUUCAUCCUCUUCGUGGUUCUUGGGAUACUGACCUCCCUGGUGGCUCAGUCUCUGGGGCUCCUGAUUGGAGCUGCAUCCAACUCAUUGCAGGUUGCAACAUAUGUCGGCCCCAUCACUGCCAUCCCCGUACUGCUGUUCUCUGGCUUCUUCGUUAGUUUUGACACCAUACCCAAGUACCUGCAGUGGAUCUCCUAUAUCUCAUAUGUCAGAUACGGAUUUGAAGGCGCCAUCCUAUCCAUCUAUGGUCUGGACCGGGAAGACCUGCAUUGUGAUCAGAACAAGACGUGCCACUUCCAGUCCACAGAUGCCAUCCUCAAGGAGCUGGAUGUGCAGGAUGCGAAGCUUUACUUGGACUUCAUCGUGCUUGGCGUCUUCUUCAUCACCAUCCGCUUCAUCGCCUACCUUGUCUUGCGCUACAAGAUUAGUGCAGAGCGUUAGAGAGUCAACAGAAUAGGGAAAGGGGCCAUAGAUCAGGUUUAAUUUGGGUCGUAAGAAAUAUGUCUUUAUGUUUCUUGGAGCAGAGCUAAACCGCAGCAGUGAAAGAAGAGUCACUAUGCAUUCACAAGCCUGGCAUGCUGUAUGGUUUGAAAACAAAGGGGGGACAAGCUUUUUUUUUUAUUUAUUAGAUCUUGAUCUCUUUCUGGAUGAAAGAGAGCUCCAAAGUUUUUGGGAGCUGGAUGUGCUGGAUGUGGGGGGGGUAAGUAUUGUUCGGAGCUGAAGUAGAAAUGUAAGAUGAUCCAUCACAUAUUAGACAAUCUGAGAGAUACUUAACGGAUUAAUGCCUGUCUAGUUUCAGACCUUAUUGUUGCUAAAUAUGCUUAAUGCUAUCUGCACAUGUUGUGUACACAUGGUUAAUACAGAUUUAUGUAGAAGGGCUGUGUGCGGCUGUGGGUUGGACACUUGCCCGUGAAAGGUCCCAGGAUGGACAGUGUGAUGUCACUGUCGGCCCUCGAGCAAGGCCCUUAACCUCCGAUUACCACGGAGUUUGUUUGUCUCCUCUUCUACAAACAAUGUGUGUCACUUUGGAUGAAAGUGUCCACAAAAUAGAAAAUGUACAUACAGUCACCCCUUCACAUGAAAUAUGUUUGUCUCAUUUAUUUAACAGUGUCCGCUUUAUCUACUUUGAGGACUUGUGUGAAAAUAUGAUAAUGUUUCAGGUGAUAUUCAUGCAGAAAUGUAGACAAUUCUAUAGGGUUUACAAACUUUCAAGCACCGCUGUAUGUACAUUUAGAGCAAAAAUACUCAAAGUCUGACGGAGUGUUACGGUUAAAAUUGAGGCAAAUGAACUUAUCCUCCUUUGUGUAGUUCAGUGGUUCUCAACCUUUCUUGCACUGCGACCAAAUUCUACCAUGCCAGCUCAGUCGUGACCCUUCUGUAUAUCAAGUGAUCAAGUGCAGGUUUAAAGUAACGCUACAGGGAAGCACACAGUGCACUCUGCAAUUUACGCCAAUCAAUGCCUAUCGCACAAAUCUGACUGGACGUGCCAGUGAAUUUUAAAUUAAGCAUCUGUGGUUUGGCUUCUCUGUGAUGGGCUGACCCCCGUCCUGGGAUAUUCCCUGCCUCGUGCCCAUAGCUUCCGGGAUAGGCUCCGGACUCCCCGCGACCCAGAAGGACAAGCAGUUUUGAACAUGGAUGGAUGGAUGGUUUGGCUUUUUGGAUUGGUUGAGUGUUCACUAGUUCUGUGCUAAACAUUUGCAGACCCAAGACCCGUUUAUUUAGGUUAAUUCUAGGAUUGGGGCUGAGAAAUCUGACUGUGGAUCAGCAUAGGAGCCUGCUGGUUUUAAAAUGCUUACAUUUCCAACUCUGCUUCCUGACCCUUUCAGAACUUGCCGCGACGCAAAUUGAGUCACGACCCACGGGUUGAGAAUCCCAGGUGUAGUAGACAGUACUACUAAGACAACCAUUUUGAUCUCAAAGUUUUGAGAAGAUAUUUUUAUUGGAUUUAGUGACUGGGUAUCGCAGGGGUCAUUUGUCAUAAGUUUUUCAGGGCUAUAUCUAAAGGUUUUCAGUCAUCCAGUUCACAGUAUUUCAGGUAGUAGUCAAAAACAACCAGACUGCUAUUUUUUUUUAAAACUCUCCUGUGUUUC